AUGGCUUCUUCUACCUCCAUGUCGGUGGUGGCGGUGGCUCUACUGGUACUGGCGGCGGCACAGCCAGCGCGUGCCCAUCCGCCGUGCUUCUCGCGGCUGUUCAACUUCGGGGACUCCCUGUCGGACACGGGCAACUACCGCUUCAUCUUCCCGAACGACACCAGCGAGCCCGUGCUUCCCUACGGCGAGACCUUCUUCAACCGCUCCACCGGCCGCUUCUCCAAUGGCCGCCUCAUCCUCGACUUCAUCGCGGAAGCACUGGAGCUGCCGUUCGUGCGGCCGUACUGGAGCGGGCAGAGCGCCAAGGACUUCGCGCGCGGUGCCAACUUCGCCGUCGGCGGCGCCACGGCGCUCAGCCCGGAAUUCUUCGUGGAGAAUGAGGCGCCCCUGCCUAAUCCUAACACGGUGCACCUCGACGAGGAGAUUGAUUGGUUCCGCGACCUGCUCAGGUUGCUCUGCCCACGCAAUUUAGCCGGUCGUUGCACCAACAUGAUGAAUAAAUCUCUCUUCUUGGUUGGUGAAAUUGGGGGCAAUGAUUACAACCUACCUUUUUUUACUGAGGUGUCCUUUGAGAAGAUUCGCACCUUCACCCCAAGUGUUGUUGCCAAAAUUUCUUCUACAAUCAAGAAAUUGAUUGAUCUGGGUGCCAAAACGUUGCUAGUUCCUGGCAACCUUCCAAUUGGCUGCGUCCCAGCCUACCUCAUGAAAUUCAAGAGUGACAAUGAAGAAGAUUAUGAGCGAGAGACUGGUUGUAUCCGCUGGAUGAACGAGUUCUCGCAAUAUCACAACGAACUUCUAGUGGAUGAGUUGGAAAAGUUGCGGAAGCUUCAUCCAGGUGUGGCGAUCAUCUACGCUGAUUACUAUGGAGCUGCUAUGGAGGUUUUUGUUUCUCCCGAGAAAUUUGGUAUCGAGCAUCCUUUCGUGGCUUGCUGUGAUGGAGUGUCCACAGCCUCCAGCUGUGGUUACGGAGAGUACACGGUUUGUGAUGAUCCACAGAAGUACGGAUCAUGGGAUGGCUUUCAUCCAUCGGAAGUUGUAUACGAAGCAAUUGCGAAUGGCCUGCUAAGAGGUCCAUACACCCAGCCUACGAUUGCCGCCACCACCAAUUCAUGUCCCGACCUUGUAUCUUCUGUUGAAUACAAGGUCCUCUCGGACAUGUAACUAUGGUAGACUAUUAUGCAUUCUGUAAAUUUGCCUUAUUUUUUU